AGUAGUGCAGCGUCCAGAUCACUAGGCUCCUCCACCGCUGGGGAACAACCGCCUUUUGUGUUCCCCCCCGCUGCAGUGGGGGAGCGCAUUUACCGUCGCGCCCAAGGGGGAGAAGCCAAGAAGUAUCCUCCAAUCAGCCGUCUGUGAUUUCUCUCAUCUUGUGGGGCUGCUGAUGGUGAUUUAUCACUGACCUGAGACAGGCGCUGCACUCUGCUCUAACACCACAACCACCUGGAAUCCUCCACCAUGGUUUUUAUUUCUUUUCUUAAACACAAAUGCCCUCCUGUGGAUAUUUCAGAUAGACUGACCAGAGGACAAAAGGAGGAUUAAAAUGGACUUACUGACUGCCAAUCUUGAAUUUCUUUUUUUUUCCUGCUGCAAACUGAAGAUGGACUAACUUUUACAGGUGCCACAAGAGGACACAAUCUCACAAUCAAAGCUUUAAAAGAAGAAUUUAGAAUUUUUUUCUGAAUAAUUUGUCACAUUUCAUGCUGUAUUUUAUUUUGAAAGCAUGGCAAGCUGAGGAUGAUUGCAGACACGCCACUGCUAUAACCAUGUAGGACUGAUUCUCAGGUAGAUAGAGGUAUAUGGUGAUUGACAUGCAAUGGAGACGGGGAGAGGGGGUGACAGUUGGAGCACACCUGCCUGCUGAGCGUGUCUGACACCUCGCUGUCGCUUGUUUAGCGCUCCGCUCUCCAGACUAUCAGCUUCCCCCAAGUUAUCAUGCUUCUCAGUGAGUGGAGAUAGCUUUUCCGGUGUGUGUAUAUGACUGUAUGUGUGUGUGUGGUUUGUGUUAGAGAGCCAGAGUUUGGGAUUACACUGCCUCUGGAAAGGAUACAGGUGUAGUGGAGCCUUGAAUGAGGAUUAGCAGCUCUUACACCUUGUCGCCAGCAGCACACGGGGCGAUGGACCUUUCAGACAAGACUCUCGAGUGUCACUGGAGGAUCGGAGAUAAAGGUUUAACAAAUGUGAUGAGACUCGGGGGGCGAGGAAGGGGACAGGAGGACAGUUGAGAAAGUUCUGUUGAGAUUUUGGUAUUCUUUUAAGUCAAGCUAUAACUGAAUGUGAGUGGAAGUUAGAGGCCAUUUAUAGUAGCUAUUCAAGGACAACUAUAAUAUAUCAUACAAAUACAAAUACUGCCUAAACAAAUGAAAUCUUUGGAUGUGCAUUGAUGAUAGCUGCGAUAAACAAUCUUGAUUUCCCCAAUAUCCCCGCAAAGCACGAAAUCCAUUUGAUCCAUGAGCUGGUUUGAUAUUGAUUUCUCCACACAGUCAGGAUAGAGUCUUGUCUGAUCUCUGCUUGAGAGGUCACUAAUUUAAUUAUAAUCCGUCAUUCAGUCUCGCCUAGAGCGGUCUUCCAGAGUGCUGACUGAGUACGCUGUGGAGAAUCAAUGGUCUAAUACUUGUCAUGAUAUCUGACAACACAUCAGAUAAACACAACGCACUCCUGCUGCAGUCUACUAUAACAAUAUCACAGUUUCGCCAUGUGUUAUUUACGCAUCUUGUGUUAUUUGAGAAAUGACUUCUCCACUGAUGGCAGUUCUGCUGACAGUUACAGGAAAUUUGGCAGCUCUUGUGCUUGUAGUUGAAAGAAGCAUGUGUUGUUGUCUGUCUUGAUGCAGGUGUGCGUGUUUUUGGGGCUUGUAUACCUGGCACAGGGCUUAUCGUUGCUGCACAGGGCUUAAAGAUCUAAGGGUGUGACAGGCACCACCUUGCACCACUUGACCUGCAAAACCCUAAAAGUUAAAUUAGGAAUUACCUGUAACAAUGCAUAGAGCCUGAAGUGUAGGACAAGAGCAGGGGAGUCCUGACAGGGUGUUCAGGAAGAAGUUAUCUCAACAGCCACACUCAGCUUUACUUCAACGAUCCUGGAAAGCAGAGGGGAAAGCAGGUGGGAAGCUUGGUGUGGGAGUGAGGAGGAAAAAAACAACAGGACUGAGGCAAGUUCUUUGAUAGCUGUAUUGUUUCUAUCUACCUUGUUCAAAGAGCAUCACUGAAAAUGUGCUGUUUGGAGGUUUAGCGCUGCGAGUGAAAAAACUCAGGAACAGCGUGGGGGAGUUCAGCUAGAGUUCUGCUGGGGGAAACCUGCUCUAUACUGCAGUUUUCAACACCAGGCAGCGAGGUUCACCUUUUGACAAGUCUGAAACAGCUGCCUGAUCUAUUUAACGACACAAGCACAAAACCUGCUGGACUCUUGGAAACAGCCUCUCUCACAAGAUUACAAGUGACACUGGACGAUCUACAACAAGCACAUGAACUUAAAGAAGCAGCAUUUUUGCCUGCGAUGGAGACAGAAACAAACAGGUGGUGUUGCAGCUCUGAAACUGUCUCCACAUCAGAUUUUACUCUGGAUUAUAACACUUGAAUCGUGAACAAGAAGAGGAGAAGACCCAAACAAACUGUGCAUCCGUCCCUGGCAGGGAUGUGUUGUGAACUCUGAGGAGGAGUAGUGUAGUGUGCCACAAGCCUGCGAAUGAGGGUGGGGCUCUCUCACUGCCACAGACAAAGACCUUGAUACAGAGAGAGUCCUGGUUUGAGAACUGGUGGUCAAGUGGGGCAGUUUUGGACCUGCACAGUCUGGCACCGUAUCAAAAGUCACGAUGGGGUGCAACAUGUGUGUGGUUCAAAAGCCCGAGGAACAAUACAGGGUCAUGUUCCAGAAGGGUCACAUAAACAACAUGUUGUGCUCUUUUGACGCUGCCGGUCGAUUAAAGGUGAAUGGAAAGGAGCUAUCCCACCUUUCUGGGGAUCCCACCCUGGACAUACGGGACCCCGUGCUGUCUAACAUACUGCGGCGGGGGGCCCGCAGACGUGCAGGUCUGGCGGGAGCCCCUGGAGGGCUAGUGCCAGUGACCAUGGGCAUGGCCGACUGUGUAGACAGCUGCACCCAGACGGACAUCAGCUUCCAGCAUAUGUUGACUCUCGGCAAGAGCAGCCAGCAUCCCUGCGGAGCUCCACCCCCACCCGACCCUCCGCCGUCCCCUCCACUACCGCCGUUACUGGAGCCGUAUCUAUUCAACGAACUCUUUAUAGAGCCCGUAUACUACGACCCCACUGAUUACUUCGACAUCACUCAGCAUGAAGUGGACCGGCAGGAUGAGCUGGAAUAUGAGGAGGUGGAGUUAUAUAAGUCUCGUCAGCAGGAUAAACUCGGGCUGACAGUGUGUUACAGAACCGACGAUGAGGAGGACCUGGGGAUAUAUGUAGGAGAGGUGAACCCAAACAGUAUCGCAGCAAUAGAUGGACGUAUCCGCAAGGGAGACAGAAUACUACAGAUAAAUGGAGUGGACAUCCAGGACAGAGAGGAGGCAGUAGCUAUUCUCACCAGAGAGGACAGCACUAAUGUCUCCCUGCUCCUUGCACGACCUGAGAUAGAGAAUGACAACCAGUUGGACCCAGAUGAGCUGGACCUGGAGCCACUGGACAACGCUGUUCACCUGCCCUGCAGCCACAGACUGAAGAACAGCACCUCUGUCUCGGGUGCUGGACCGGGUGACCUUGUUGAUGGGAGUGUACUUGGUAAUCAUGGUCACUCAAUAAACAGGGAUUCACCUGAUUUGCUCCAGACUGUGCUGAGCAACAGCCAGGAGCUGGACAGUGGGGUGGGCCGUACAGAUGAAAGCACACGCUAUGAGGAGUCUUCAGAACACGACCUUCUGGGAGAUGACCACACUAGUGCCUCCAAUACGAACGCCACCAAUACACCUGGCAGCAUGCGCAAGUUUUUGUCUGGUCGAGGGGACACUCCACCCUUGCUGCACUCCCAAGACCUCCAGUUCAGCACUGACUCUCUCUUAGGACUGGACUGUGUUAACGGGGGAGGGCUGGAACACAUGGAACGAUUGGAGAGGACCUACAUGGCAGAUCCAAUGAGGAUGAUGAUGCCUGGGCUGACUGAGGAAGAGUGUGAGAGGUACAAAGAGCUCCUGGAAAUCAAGUGUUACUAUGAGAAGAACAGUAAUGCUCUGAUGCUCCUGGGAGAUCAGGGGCCGGUACCAGAGGAAGGUGGUGUCUCACUGGAUGUGAACAGGAAUGAAAGCCUGACGCAGCAUGAGAUGGCCCUCCUGGAGGAAGAACUACGCCACUUGGAGUUCAAGUGUCGUAACAUCUUGAGGGCACAGAAGAUGCAGCAGCUGAGGGAGCGUUGUCUGAAGGCUUGGCCUCUUGAGGACAAGAAUGGAGCAAGUGCAGGGGCUGGAGCAGGACGCUUGGACAUUACUGGUACUCUGGUCAGCGAGGAGACCUGUCACCACGCUCUGUCAGACAUCAAUGAGCUCCCUGAGAGGGAGCGCUCUGAUAAGGACAGUACAAGUGCAUACAACACUGGAGGGGAAAGUUGCAGGAGCACCCCUCUGGUCAAUGAACAGUAUCCAUCACCCUCUACACAGAGCCUGGAGAGAGGAGAGCCUCUUCUCCAAGCUGGUACACAGUUUCCAACCUCCACUAGGCAGAGAGGUAGCCGGGCUGAAAGAGGGGACAGGACACAAGCAAACCUCAACCAACCCUACUCUCCCCACUCUAACAGAAGACGAGCUGAAGCUAAGACGUCCAGUCCUGGAGCUAAGGUUAGGUCUCUGCCUCGGGAUAGAGGGACCAGGCGGGGCUCAGAUGGAGAGGUGAGACGUAACCCCAAAGCUAACGGGACAGCUGAGAGGGCUGGUGGAUACAGUGCAGAGAACAGUCCUUACCUGUCCCGCCGUCACACUGACACAAAGCCGCCCCAGCACUACCUGAGCUGCAUGCAGCUGAGGUCUCCUUCCACCUCUGAGCGCCUUAAUGGUCUCAGAGACACUCCCAGAGAGGGCAGCAUGGAGACUUGGGGCGACGCCAGCCCAAUGAGCUUGGGGAGCACAUGUAAAGACAUUGUCCAGGACCCAAGUGCUGUACCCUUGUCCCCUCCACUGUUGCCUGCAUCCCCUCGUAUGGAGUGGAAGGUGAAGAUCCGCAGUGAUGGCUCUCGCUAUGUGGCCAAACGCCCAGUGAGGGAUCGCCUCCUGAAGGCACGCGCCAUGAAGAUCAGAGAGGAGCGCAGUGGCAUGACCACGGAUGAUGAUGCUGUGAGUGAGAUGAAGAUGGGCCGUUACUGGAGCAAAGAGGAGCGCAAGCAGCAGCUGCUGAGGGCCCGAGAGCAGCGGCGCCGCAGGGAGUUCAUGAUGCAGAGCCGCCUCGACUGUUUGAGAGAGCGUGACAGGGACCAGGGCGGCAGCGGGGGAGGCCAGCAGGGGUCGACACAGCAGCAGGAACCCGCAUCCAUCCUGGAGCUGUGCCACCGCAGGAGCAUGAAGAAGCGGAGUCGCAGAAUCCUGGACAACUGGAUCACGAUACAAGAGCUACUUGCCCAUGGGACCAGGUCUGCUGAUGGGAAGAAAGUCUACAACCCCCUGCUCUCUGUCACCACAGUCUGAGAUCACAUCGGAGGCAGAUAGGGAGGGAGGGAUAAAAAAAAGUGCCAAAGUGUUUUGAUAGGACGAACAGAAGCUGCUUCACACCUUGGCACAAAUAUCUGUCUGCAGGGAUGCAGCAGCACUCUGAAACACAAAGUCUGUGGGGGUAAUAUUAAGUAGCAUACCUUAAAUGCAGUGGUGUAGUGGUGGUUGAUGAGGUGGGUGUACUACUAAGUAGACAGGUUGGUUACCAAGGAGGAAGUGGGGAUACUCUUCUAUGUACUCCAAAGGCUUUUUGGGUGUUAAGUGGAUAUACUGUUAUCUGCCAGAAAAAGAGGCUGGUAUCCCCCAUGAGCCUGUGAUACCCUCCACUACACCACUGCUUAAAUGCCCCAACCUAAAAUGUUCAGAUUGGAGGAAAGCUCAUGACUGAGACUGACAGGGUUUGUGUGUCUGAUAACAUUAUGUAUCGUCCCAAACAGGAAGACAGUAGCCUACACACUUUCACAAUACUGUUGUAUUGAAGCUGCAUUUUGACAUUCAGCCUUCCAUUAUCACAAAUGCAGAUUUACAGCAGUCAUAAACUUCACAAUAAACAAUACACUUAACCCCACUUCCAAUUCAUCUGGUUAAAUGGACCGAAACCAGCCAGGAAAAACGCUUUCAAGCCAUUUUCAUGAUGCUUUACCUCUCACAUGUGUAGAGCGUGAUCCAUUGUAUCCUGCACAGAAGUCUGUACUAGCUUGUCAGAUUUAAUUUUGGACAUCACUGUCAAUGCACAAGGCGAAAAAGAAGGGUGGACAAGUGGACAGUCUAAAGGCCCAGACACACCAAACCGACAUCAUAAGGUUGACUGUUGCAUUGCCUCACAUCGUCUGUGUCUCAGCUAAAAAGUUGCACUUGAGCAAACCGCAAAUACUACAGCCAAUGGCCAACUAGCACAUAGGUACGCAGGUGGCGGUAGUCUGUAUCAGGUCCACUGGAAGUGCACUGGGCUUUGAAGCCAAUUUUGUAGCGGCCAAACUGUGGACUUACAACAUCCGAGUCCCUCACGAUUCAGUUGGGGCCAAAAAUACUUUUUCCCAUAGACUUACAUUCUGAAAGAAAGGUUGUAAACCAGUGUAUGAUUUUUUUUUGAGCGGCAAAUCCUAUGCUAAAUGAUUCGUUUCACUAUCAGAAUUUGAUCCAUUCGGUCUGAUAACAUUUGUAAAGUCUAGAAGAGCUGCACGAUUAAAUCAUUUUAUCCCCAUUCAAGUUCGCGGAGAGCUAAACCAUAAGUAGCUUGGCCAGUGAAAGUCUCUUGCGCUUGCUGUGUGGGCUCAAUGAUACAAGUAUGAAUGGCUGCAGCUGAAGCAGCUAUGUGACCCACCUACAAGAUACAUGACUCGCCCACCAUAUUUAGGUUCAGCCCCCUUUGCUCCUUAGUCCGGAAGUGGAAGUCCCCAAGACAAUGCUAAAUAAACAUUUAGCAAGCUAUGAAGUUUUAGGUUAAAAGAGAGGCGAUGAAGGUUAAGAUUAUAGUUAGGUUAAGGGUUACAUGUCAUUCCUUAUAAGGUGAAUCAUGGCCCCUUCAUAUAAUGAACAUAGUAAAUUAAUAAAGUAGAUUACUGCUAUGUUCAGCCUAUUAAUUCACUACAAUGUUGCGUUGUAGCGAGGUUCAAACAACCGUCUUGUUAGAGGGUUUGCCUCGCACUGGUGGUGGGCACAGUUUGUAGGGGCCUGUCGUGUAGGCUACAAACAGAAUGUAGCUGGGGCUUUACAUGUCUCCGAAGAUGCAAAAGCAGUGCUGAUCAUUCGGGUAAUUUUAUAUGCAGCAGUUGAACAUUUUUAGCUUCACAAGCCACUGAGCAGCUUUCUUAGGAAUGAACAGGUUCUCACCUCCAACGCUGUGUCCAGUUCUCUUUAUAAAUCCCUGGUCUAUAAUUGUCAUUAAACAAAGGAAACUGGGAGACCGAACAAUAACACAAACACUUACGAACUAUAUCUGCGAAAGAGCUCAGUGGCUAAAAACAUAAUCUUAUCUAAUACAGCGAGUUUGUUUUGAUCUUUUUUUUCUUUCCUCAUUCCUGUUUCUUCUCUUGUGCACUGAGCUUCUCUCACCAACUGGCUCUGCCACCAAUUCAACAUGCUGAAUCAGCCAAAAAGCCGUCAACAAGGGCUGAACAGAUCCAGUGGCGCAGGACACACUACAAAAUCUAUGGCGACAGAUGCUCACUGAUGGCCGUCGACUGACAGUCAGCCUGGUGUGUCAGGGCCUUUACAGACAGGAAGAUUACAUAUUCAGAGGGAGUCCAUUUAAAAAUACACCCCCACUCCAGAUCUGUCUUCUUACAUAAAGGAGAGAUGGCACCACCUGCUGUUUCUCCAUUAGAGGAGUGGUGCAUGCUGGUAAUCUUCGCAGGCCUCUACAUUUUCAUGGAGGACAGAAAAGAGAAAAUCAAAAGUGGGGCUCAGAACCAUGCAGCUGUGAAAACAUUAAGAGAAAAAGCCACUUCUGUGCCAUGAAGCUGUAUAUUUAAUGUCCAUGAGGACUUCUGUUCAAGCACAUUUUCAGAAUAACAUUGUGUGCCAGUUAAUGUAGUUACUUUUUUUUAUUCUUGUAGUGUUAACGUACAAAUGCUCCUUUGUUCUGAUACAGGAGAUGCAACAUCAGACCAGAUGCUUUUUGAUAAUGAGGAGCUGAGCGGUGCCUUCUUUUCAGGCAGACUUUGACUGUAUAGCACAAUUUUCAAAGUGGUACAAAAAGGCUUAAACGCUGUAGCAGAGAAGGUAAACACUGAAGCACAGAGCAACUAACAGGUUUUGUUUUUAAAGAGAAGCACAUCAUGUCGAACAAAGCACAGAAAACAUUUAAUGUUUCAUUCAAAGAGGCACAUUUGCCAUUUAAGUGAAUAAAGUAUCAUUUUCCUCAUUUGCUGUUUCACAAAUGCAAAAUGCUUUUUUCAGACCAAUAAGUUUUGGUCUGUAUGCAAUAUAAUUAAUUCAGUACUGACUGUGAACAAGGCUAUUUCAUUGCAAUUAAAGACUAUUCUUAGCUACAAAAAACACUCUGUUAAUUGGGUCUGCAGCUACAUUCACAGCAGAUUUUUCUACAUGUUUCCUGUCAGAUGUGUCAUUCCCAAACUUCACUUUUAAUUAUGUGCUCUCAGAACUAGCCUCUGGAUAAUUACCCAGCGGAAGUACCUAUAAUGACAAUAACAGCCAAGAGGGGGGUGUUUAUAAAACCCUGUGAACAAAAGCUGAUUUUUCAUUUGGCUUACAUGCAUGUUUGAUAUUGAGGCAGAUUGAUUUUUUUUCAUGUGUGAAAAGCCUUUAACAUACUGUAACUGUGGAUGUGUCUUUCUAUGAACUUGCUUCAAACUCUAGCAUAGUUAAAGGAAACAUGGUGUACUUGUUCAAUAUUGUGAUGUCCGUUCUGUGUCUGCCAUUUUACAGUGAAAGCUUUUCUAAAU